GGGUGGACAGACACCGCUAGCCAACAGAGGGGGUGGCGUUUGAUUCGGUAAAAACCGAGAUUGAACGAACGGACUGUGGAACCGACGAAGCUGCCCCUUUAAAUCAGGAAUACAGCGCAUUCGGAGGAGGUGAAGGUUUACAGCUGACCAUCUGACCUGAGGUCACAACCACUCCUGUCCAUCUGACCUGAGGUCACAACCACUCCUGUCCAUCUGACCUGAGGUCACAACCACUCCUGUCCAUCUGACCUGAGGUCACAACCACUCCUGUCCAUCUGACCUGAGGUCACAACCACUCCUGUCCAUCUGACCUGAGGUCACAACCACUCCUGUCCAUCUGACCUGAGGUCACAACCACUCCUGUCCAUCUGACCUGAGGUCACAACCACUCCUGUCCAUCUGACCUGAGGUCACAACCACUCCUGUCCAUCUGACCUGAGGUCACAACCACUCCUGUCCAUCUGAGUGACCCAACUCACCUGGUCAGUUCCCCUGCACACACACACCUGUUCUACCUGGUACACCUGUCUAUCAACCCAACACACACCUGCCCUGCCUGGUACACCUGUCUAUCAACCCAACACACACCUGUCUGGCCACUGGAGCAGACUCCAAUCUGCACACCAUCCACUAGUGGGGGUGUGUGUCUUGAUGGAUCAGGAUGUCAACCAAUAACAACAUCGCCCAGGCCAGGAAACUGGUGGAACAACUGAGGAUUGAGGCAGGGAUCGAACGUAUUAAGGUUUCUAAGGCAGCAGCAGACCUGAUGAGUUACUGUGAGCAGCACGCCCGUAACGAUCCGCUCCUCGUUGGCGUCCCAACGUCAGAAAACCCUUUCAAAGAUAAGAAACCCUGCAUCAUCCUAUAGCUGCACACUUGUCUCUGCCCAUCAGACACACACACACACACACACACUCACUCACUCACUCACUCACUCACUCACUC